AUAGAUAGCUUGCGUAUAUGUUAAGUAUAUAGUUACUAACGCACACCAGCAUAUAAGCAAUUUUGCCAGUAGUUGUAAACAUGUCCGCUAACGGUCACGGUCACGAUGUCAGCGACAAUAUUGAAAUAAAAUCGAAUCCAAAUGGUGAGGAUCAUGCUGCACUACGUCAGGUCAGCACGGGUUCGUUGGAGAAGAUGGUGCCAGCCUCACCAACUUUACAAAGUCCGGCAAUGAAACGCAAUGCGAGUCACGGCAAUCUCAUGAGCCAGGAAAUCAAGGAAGCACGUGUACGUGUCAUCUAUACAGGUGGCACCAUAGGCAUGAUGCGCAAUGAACAAAAUGUCCUGGCACCCACACCCAAUGCCCUGGUGCGUCUUAUACGCAAAUAUCCCAAUAUACACGAUGAAGAGUAUGCUCAGCGUCGUUUUGGCCCUGGCGCUUCCAUGGCACCACUAGUGCUACCAUUUGUUGAGGGGGAGGCACGCCGCGUGCUCUACCAGGUGACGGAGUAUACACCGCUGUUGGACUCUAGCAACAUGACCAUGCAUGAUUGGGCACGCAUUGCCAAUGAUAUUUAUCAAUCCUAUGAGUUCUUUGAUGGUUUCGUUGUGCUCCAUGGCACGGAUACACUGUCCUACACCGCCAGCGCAUUGUCCUUUAUGCUGGAGAACCUUGGGAAGACUGUCAUUAUCACAGGCUCACAGUUGCCCAUCUUUGAGACACGCACCGAUGGCAAGGAUAACUUUACUUCGGCUUUAAUAAUAGCAGGCAACUAUGUUAUACCCGAGGUCUGCGUCUUCUUUGGCAAUAAGCUGCUGCGUGGCAACCGCACAGUGAAAGUGAGCACGAAUGCCAUGGAUGCCUUCAAUUCACCUAAUGUACCGCCUUUGGCGCAUAUAGGCAUCAAUGUGAUUGUGGAUUAUCGCCAGAUCUUUCGACCCUGCAGCGUGGAACGAUUCUGUGUGUAUCCGCAGCUGGAUGAGAAUGUGGGCUUGCUACGCAUCUUUCCCAGCAUUAGCUUAUCCACAUUUCGUGCAUUUUUGGCGCCACCUAUACGUGGCGUAGUGCUGCAAUCCUUUGGCUCUGGAAAUAUGCCCUCCAAUCGCAAGGACUUGAUAGAUGAGCUACAGGCAGCUUGCGAACGUGGCGUUAUUGUCAUUAACUGCACUCAAUGUCCCAAUGGUUCAGUGUCCGCGCGCUAUGCUACAGGCAAGGUGCUUUUCGAUGUGGGCGUUAUUCCAGGGUACGAUAUGACGCCUGAGGCAGCACUUGCCAAACUAGCAUAUGUCAUAGGCAAAACGGAAUGGUCGCUAAAAGUUAAAAAAGAGAUGAUGCAAUCUAACUUACGUGGUGAAUUGACCUCCAUGUCUGCACCCAAGUUGGAGGAUUAUGAUUUAGUGGAUGCUGUGGCGCGAUCAUUGCAUUUAUCCUCUCCCGAGGAAUUGGAUCAAUUAGGCGCCACCCUCUUUCCGGCCAUGAUCAAUGCUGCUGUGGUCGAGGGCAAUAUAAAGAAGAUAAAUAAUCUCAAAGCCUACGGCGCCGAUCUUUCCGGAUCAAAUCAUGACUAUCGCACAGCGUUGCAUUUAGCCUGUCAGCUGGGUAAUAUGGAAAUUGUGCGCCAUCUCUUGCAUAAUGGUGUCUCAGUGCAUAUACGCGAUCGUUAUGAUCGCACGCCACUGCAGGAGGCUGUCUCCACGGAUAAUCAUGAGAUUAUACAGCUGCUCAUUAGCUGUGGCGCCCACCUGACAGGCUCCUCGCGUGCUGUGGGUGAACAGCUUUGUGCUGCAGCUUCGCGUGGCUCCUUGAAGCGUUUGCAAUCGUAUCAGCUGGCAGGCGCUGAUUUAUCGCUACCUGAUCCUUCUGGACGCACCGCAUUGCAUGUGGCUGCCUUGCAUGGCUUUGUGGAGUUGGUGCAUUAUCUCUUACCGUUUAUGGAGAAUCGUCAUGAGCAGGACUUUCUGGGUCUGAGUGCGUUGGAGUAUGCCAAGCGUGGUAAUCAUGCAAGCGUUAUUGAAGUCCUCGAAAAUGCCUAAAUUACUUACCAGCAAGAACUUAUUACCUCAGUAGUCUAGUCCACUUGUUCCUGACAUCAGUGUGCUUUAAAUGUUACUUAAUUUAAUAUAUGAAUUUUACAUAGUUAAGGAAAUAGCUCGAAAGAUGAUGAUAUUAUCAUGUAUUUAAAUGCAAUAGUUAA